GGCGCCACAGUAUGCAAAACAAAGCCGAAACGUGCAGCAGUGGCAACGGCAGAAGACUACAGCACUAGCGAGGCAACGGUAAAUCAGACAAAAACAACCGUUUGCGAAAUACGCGCGCGAAAACCACACACAGAAGAUCCACCGCAUCUGCGGGCGGGCGGAUGCGUGUCUUCGACACGCUGGAUGCGUCUUGAGGCAAAUGCAAAUUAGCAGCCAGAACGGCAAAAGAAAAUACACAAAAUAAGUGGCAGAAUAGCAGCACCAGGAGCAGCAUCGGAGCAGCAACGCAUCACCAGCUAGUAUUCUGCAACAGAAUCCGCAUCCGAAGAACAUCAGAAAUAAAUCCGGCAAGAGGGAAGGCCAAAAGUGAAAAAUAACAUUAGAGAAAUCGCGAGAAAUUGCAGAAACGUUUGCCAAAUAUUUUGAGAACCUCAAAAAGUGCAUCGUCGUGUGCCAUUUUGUGGGGAAUUUUCUCUGGGAUAGAUCUACCACCUACCCAGAGUACGAUGGGAUGAUAUCCAAGCGGGUAAACCGAAUGAUGGACAUCCCCCGAACAAUAUAAUUAGAUUUAGAGCGCACAAAAAACACAAGGGAGACAGCGACCGGCCAGACCAUGUUGACCUGGCUAAUAAUGAUGAGGCUGCUGCAUUCGGCCCGGGGGGGAGGAGAGGGGCCAUCAACCGAUUCGUAUCCAAACACCACGGCCUGGAACGAAAGCCUCUUCACCACAGAACUAAGCCAACGGUGGGACAGCGGCAGGAGCUCUACGAUCCAGCCAGAGGAACCACCGCUCUACAGCACGGACCUGCCCACGUACGAGCAUUGCAUAGCCACCAGGAACUCGCUGGCGGACCUGUUCACGGUGGUGCUGUAUGGAAUCGUGUGCAUCGUGGGGCUGUUUGGGAACACGCUCGUGAUCUAUGUGGUGCUGAGGUUCUCCAAGAUGCAGACGGUGACCAAUAUCUACAUCCUGAAUCUGGCCAUAGCGGACGAGUGCUUCCUGAUCGGCAUACCCUUUCUGCUCUACACGAUGCGCAUCUGCAGCUGGCGCUUCGGGGAGUUCAUGUGCAAGGCGUAUAUGGUGAGCACCUCCAUCACAUCGUUCACCUCGUCGAUCUUCCUGCUGAUCAUGUCGGCGGACAGGUAUAUAGCCGUCUGUCAUCCGAUAUCCUCGCCCCGAUAUCGCACCCUGCACAUAGCCAAGAUCGUGUCGGCCGUGGCCUGGUCCACGUCUGCCGUACUGAUGCUUCCGGUGAUCCUUUACGCGAGCACGGUGGAGCAGGAGGAUGGCAUCAACUACUCGUGCAACAUUAUGUGGCCGGAUGCGUAUAAGAAACAUUCGGGCACAACAUUCAUUCUGUACACCUUUUUCCUGGGCUUCGCCACGCCGCUCUGCUUCAUUCUCAGCUUCUACUAUCUGGUCAUACGGAAACUGAAGUCCGUGGGGCCCAAACAGGCGACCAAGUCCAAGGAGAAGCGGCGGGCCCAUCGCAAGGUCACACGACUGGUGCUGACCGUCAUUACGGUGUACAUCUGCUGCUGGCUGCCGCACUGGAUAUCCCAGCUGGCGUUGAUCAACUCGAACCCGGCUCAGCGCGACCUGUCGCGCCUGGAGAUACUCAUCUUCCUGCUGCUGGGCGCCCUCGUCUACUCAAAUUCGGCCGUCAACCCCAUUCUGUACGCCUUUCUGAGCGAGAACUUCCGCAAGAGCUUCUUCAAGGCCUUCACCUGCAUGACCCAGCAGGACAUCAAUGCCCAGCUGCACCUGGAGCCGAGCGUGUUCACCAAGCAGGGCAGUCGUCGUCGUGGUGGCUCCAAGCGGCUCCUCACCGCCAAUGCCCAGGUGCCGCAGCUGCAGCCCAACAAUGCUGGCAACAAUAAUUCCUCGACGGCCACCUCCUCCACAACGACGGCGGAGAAGACAGCAUCGACAGGGGCCCAGGGGAAAUCCAGCAGCUCCAAUGGCAAAUUAGCCACAGCUCCCAAAGCACACCCCAGGGACCCGGAGAAUCUGAUCAUCUGCCUGGGGGAGCAGCAGGGGGAGGCCUUCUGCACCAUGGCCAGGAGGGGUUCCGGUGCGAUGCAGCAAACUGAUUUGUAACUAAUUUUAAGAUAUAUCUAACGAAUCCAUCAUCGGAUGGACGUAAGGAAAGGCAUUUUUUUUUUUUUGUGGUGUUUUAUACAUAAAAAUCUUGUGAAUCUUGUCCUCGAUCGAAUACGUAUUUCGAGUAGAGACUUUGGCAGUAUUAAUAACGAACUAUAAUCUAUAACUAAUCUAUACAGAUUUUUUUUAAAAGCGAAUCUUAUCGACAACGAUUAAUGGCAAGAAAAUGGAACUGAAAUAUUUUAAUGGGUGAAAGAGAGAGAGAGAGAGGGAGAACAUACAUACGAGAACAUCUAAUCAAUUUAAUCUCACAUUUUUCUCUUCCCAGAAUUAAUAAUUAACUUAAAUUAAAAUGAAAUGUAGGUAUAUUUAAACGCCCUAUGAUAUUAUCAUGGAACUACUAUAAUAUAAAAAAAAAAAACAAUACGUAAACUUGCAGUGAAAAAAUAUUCCAAAUGUAAACUUGUAUCUUCUUGAAUUAGUUUCAUAAAAAUAUUUGCUAAAAAUAUUUGUAUUUUUUAUAAGGAAAUAAAAUAUUUCUCAUACUUUCUCGUUAGAUAGAUAGAUAUAGGACAUAUAUUAGAAUGUAAAUCAUAUUAUUUAUUUUAAUGAUUAUUUUCAGUUACAGAUUUAGGUGCUCCAAUCUAUUUAGGCAUUCAGCAAAACCGGCAUUAUUUUAUCGCUUCCAUUUCCCAUUUAGCCGUUUUGGGUAAUUAUGGAAAAUGGUUUAUGCAUUAAAAAAAGUAUAAGACGGAUUUGCAUGGAAUAAGAAGCUUAUCAACGGCAAAGUCAUCCAAAGAGUCAACCAGGACUCUCCCUCUCUAAUUUUAUUUUGUUUUUUUUUAUGUCUCUCAUAAAAUAAGAAAUGAAAAACUUUUUAAGAGCCCAAGCAAAGCCAGACCCACUCACAGUCCUAGUCAAUAUGGAACUAUAUAGAUACCGGGGACCCUUUUUUUUUUGGAUUUCGCUAAAGUUUUAAUUGAAAACUUAAGAGAAAGUUAAGGAGAUAUAUACCACAUAAAAAAAAAAAUAAAAAAAGAAGGAAUUGCCUUCGAUAAAUCAGCGCUCGUACGGGUAUGUUUCUCUCGGACAAGUUUGCCAGAAGGAAAUUGAACACUUAAUAAAUUAUUCAACUGCUAGUUGGUUGAAUGCUGAUGUGAGUGGGUGAAGGGUGCCCCCUUCCUGUUUCCGGCCUGGCCUGGCAAAGUGCAUAUAAAUUAAUUCAAUUAGUUUACCCAACAUCGUCGGACAGGGAUGGAGCUAUAGUUUAGGCUAAACGUAUUUAAUUUAUGUAUGUAAAUGUGCUUGAAAGUGCGUUAAUA